AAACCUCGCCUAGAUAUGUUGCGGCGAAUGACUCGGGUACACAUGCAGCCGUGCGAAGCUUGAGUUCCCAGCUUAGACACCGCGGCGUCGUAAUCCAGAUCGGGACGUUACGGGAAGAGGCUGCGAGAAUGGGGCUCGGUGGCUGGAGGCUGCGCUGGGCCGUCGCCCUGCUCCUCGCCGCGGCGGGGAUUGCAGAGGAAGACAGAUGUGAGAGGAAUGAGUUCCAAUGUCAAGAUGGGAAAUGCAUCUCCUACAAGUGGGUUUGUGAUGGCAGCCCCGAGUGCCCUGAUGGCUCUGAUGAAUUCCCGCAGACCUGCAUGUCUGUUACCUGCAAAUUAGUGGACUUCAGCUGUGGGGGCCAUGUCAAUCGCUGCAUCCCUCAGUUCUGGAGAUGUGAUGGCCAAGUGGACUGUGAAAAUGGCUCGGAUGAGCAAGGCUGUCCAGCCAAGACAUGCUCCCAAGAUGAAUUCCGCUGCCAUGAUGGCAAGUGCAUCUCCCAGCAGUUUGUAUGUGACUCGGACAGGGACUGCUUAGAUGGCACAGAUGAGGCCUCAUGCCCCGUGACCACCUGUAGCCCUGCCAACUUCCAGUGUAACGAUUCCACCUGCAUCCCUGAUCUGUGGGCUUGUGAUGGUGACCCUGACUGCAAGGAUGGCUCAGAUGAGUGGCCAGACCGCUGUGGGGGCCAAGACACAUUAGCCACCCAAGGGAACAAUGGUCCCUGCUCCUCCCACGAAUUCCACUGCCAUAGCGGCGAGUGUAUCCACUCCAGCUGGCGUUGUGACGGCGGUCCUGACUGCAAGGACAAGUCCGAUGAGGAGAACUGUGCUGUGUCCACCUGCCGCCCUGACGAAUUCCAGUGCUUGGACGGGACCUGUGUCCAUGGCAGCCGGCAGUGUGACCAGGAAUAUGACUGCAAGGACAUGAGUGAUGAACAUGGCUGUAUCAAUGUGACAUUUUGUGAAGGACCCAACAAGUUCAAAUGCCACAGUGGUGAAUGUAUAACCCUUGACAAAGUGUGCAACUCGGUACGGGACUGCCAGGAUUGGUCGGAUGAGCCCAUUAAAGAGUGUGGCACCAACGAGUGCUUGGACAACAAUGGAGGCUGCUCCCACAUCUGCAAUGACCUCAAGAUCGGUUACGAGUGUCUGUGUCCUGACGGCUUCCGGCUGGUGGACCAGCGAAGAUGUGAAGAUAUUGACGAGUGUCAGGACCCUGACACCUGCAGCCAGAUCUGUGUGAACCUGGAGGGCAGCUAUAAGUGCGAGUGUGAAGACGGCUUCCAGCUGGACCCCCACACCAAGGCCUGCAAAGCAGUGGGUUCCAUUGCCUACCUCUUCUUCACCAAUCGUCAUGAGGUAAGGAAGAUGACGCUAGACAGGAGCGAGUAUACCAGCCUCAUCCCCAACCUCAAGAACGUGGUUGCUCUGGACAUGGAGGUGGCCAGCAACAGAAUCUACUGGUCCGACCUGUCCCAGAGAAAGAUUUACAGCACCCAGAUUGAUGGAGCCCACGGCUUCUCUUCCUAUGAUACCGUCGUCAGUGGAGACCUUCAGGCCCCUGACGGGCUGGCUGUGGAUUGGGUCCAUGGGAACCUCUAUUGGACCGACUCUGUUUUGGGUACUGUCUCUGUGGCUGAUACAAAGGGUGUGAAGAGGAAAACACUAUUUAAGGAGAAAGGAUCUAAGCCAAGGGCCAUCGUGGUGGAUCCUGUUCAUGGCUUCAUGUACUGGACUGACUGGGGAACCCCUGCUAAGAUCAAAAAAGGGGGCCUGAAUGGUGUGGAUGUGUACUCUCUGGUGACUGAAGGCAUCCAAUGGCCCAAUGGCAUCACCCUGGAUCUUUCCAGUGGUCGCCUGUACUGGGUUGACUCCAAACUCCACUCCAUCUCCAGUAUUGAUGUCAAUGGUGGCAACCGGAAGACAGUGUUGGAGGACAAGAAGAGACUGGCCCAUCCCUUCUCCUUGGCCAUCUUUGAGGACAAAGUGUUUUGGACAGACAUCAUCAAUGAAGCCAUUUUCAGUGCCAAUCGCCUCACGGGCUCGGACAUUAAUUUGGUGGCUGAAAACCUAUUGUCCCCUGAGGAUAUUGUCCUCUUCCACAACUUCACACAGCCGAAAGGGGUAAACUGGUGUGAGAGGCCCACUCUCCGAAAUGGUGGCUGCCAGUACCUGUGUCUUCCGGCCCCACAAAUUAACCCACACUCGCCCAAGUUUACCUGUGCCUGCCCGGAUGGCAUGUUGUUAGCCACGGACAUGAGGAGCUGUCUCACAGAGGCUGUGUCUUUAGUGACCACCCAGGGGACCUCCAUGGGCAGGCCUAUGGUCACCUCUAAAACUAUGGCUCCAAAGCAUACAGCCACCUGGCCUACUCCUGAUGCCUCUCGGCUCACCACAGCAGAGACACUGACGAUGUCAUUUCAAGCAAUCCUUGUCCUGCUCUGCUUUGGGGCCUUCCUGGUCUGGAAGAAUUGGAGGCUGAAGAGCAUUAAUAGCAUCAACUUUGACAACCCUGUGUAUCAGAAGACCACGGAGGAUGAGGUGCACAUCUGCCGCAGCCAGGACGGUUACGCCUACCCCUCGAGACAGAUGGUCAGCUUGGAGGAUGAUGUGGCAUGAACAUUGGCCUCAAGUCCUUUCCGUCCCUGGAACCUGCUGCCACUCAGGAGCAGGAAAAACACUUUCUCCCCAGACCCUGCGUGGACUGCCUAACACCCUUCCUGAGGCCCCCAUGACAGUGGCCUUCUAUUUCAUUCAAGAAAAGACAAGACCAAGGCACUGCUAGCAGCCGAAGCCCUGAGGUCUGUUGACCAGAACUUUGUUUUAUAUAUUUAUUCAUCUGGGAGGCCACAUAGGCUUCUGAAAGCACCCAUGAAAUGGGUUUUGGUUGGAAUUUUGGUUUCUUUCUGUAUGAAGGAGAAGGGAGAGGCCCAGGGAGCUGGGUGUCAUCUUGGUUUCUCUCCAGGGAAGAUUUUAGCUUCUCUGUGCCACCAGUCCUUGAAUAGAAGACAAAAGGACAGGGCGGUCACACCAAGAGAGAGGCCAGGCCCUGGGCACUGCUGUGUCUGCCAGUCUUCAGGCCAAACCCUCAAACUCAGGAGCCACGUGUUUACCUCUUCCUGUGAGCCUUGCUUCUCAGCCUGCAUUAGCCUCUGCCCUGUCACCCCCAAUCAGGAGCCACUCAGUGUCUUUCUAGCCAGGUCUAUGCCCUUCUUAAGUCUAGAAAGGAACUCAUAGUGUCACUGGUUCUGAUCUGCUUGAAUCCAGGGUGGUGGGGUGAUACCAACCAAGACCAAUUCAUUUGCUAAAAGUGUUCUAGUGCCUGGAGAAAGAGCCUGAGCCACCACCAGUCACCCCUAAUAUUUAUUAAGUGCCUGAGACACCCGGUUACCUUGUGUGAGAGGAUAAGCAGCCUGAACCCUCUAAAAGCCUCUUCUAGCCAGCAUGUAGCCAUCUGGGCCCCAGCCUCACACCACUCCCACCCCAGACCCUUCUGUUCCUUUUGGCUCCUUGCACUUUAUCAAGUUCAGGGUUGAACCUUGUGUAAUUGUGUGAAUUUGGUGUUUGUGUUAUUACUUUGUACUGUUUCCUGUCGUACGGGCUGGGAUAGGAUCCUAAGCUAGGGAAAACCUGUGUUGAUGAACACAGCGAGAUCAGUCAAUGCUCAUGGAGGAAGGGAGUUAGGUCAAAGCCAUGGCUAUGGAUUACCUAGACCUGUACUUUGGUUUUUUUAUGUCUGCCCAGCUGGUGUUUCCACUUCUAUGCAAAUACCUCUUAGCCAUUCAUCUCCCCAUCUUUCUGGUGAUGGUGCGCAGCUCCCAUUUGGUCAUUCAAUGGGAUUCUUCCAAAACAAGACUUCUUUCUGAAAUCACCACAAGUGUGAUGAUCGCAUAAAUGACCAAGAGGCAGUGGUCAGCCCCUCUGAGAUUCCUGCACAAAGAUGUUGGAUGGGACUGGCGAUGGUUCACUACAUAAAGAUGAAA